AUGGGUAUGCUGAGGCGGCGUGGCGGUGCUGACGUGCGUGGUCGCUGUGCGCAGGGCGGGGAUGCGGUGUCGGUGCGCGGGUGGCCGCUGACGCUGGGCUCGCGGGCCGCCGUGGCGCUGCACCUGGGCGAGCUGGACCCGACGCUGCUGCGCAGCCGCGACUGCUACCUGUGCGUGCGGCCGGCGCUGCAGGCCGAGGCCGCGGCUGAGGCCCGGGCCGCGCCCGACGCGGACGGGGUGGAGGUGGCGCUGGUGUGGCGCGGGGCCGAGGGCCCGCCGGCCAGCCGCCCGCUGCCGGCGCCCCGGGACCUCCGCGAGGCCCCACUGACGGAGGAGGCGGCGCAGCAGACCAUGCCCGCGCCGUCGCCGUCGCCGACGUCGACGCCCGACGCCGUCGCCGACGCCCGAGCUGGACAGGUGGAGCGCGCGCUGGAGCGCGUGCCGCUGGACGAGCUGGCGUUCCCGUGCCCGCAGUGCCGCGAGGCGUGCGCGUGCGCGUGCGGCGCGCCGCCGCCGGCACCCGUGCAGAAGCGCGACUCGUCCAUCCAGACCAGCCCCAUGUUCGAGUUCGCCGGCCCCAUCCCGCACAUCGACAGCGCGAAGGACGACAGCGACUCCCGCGCGCAGGCGAGCGCCAAAGCCACGCAGACGCCCUCGCGCGCCCGCCUGCCGCCAGCGCCCGCGCCGCACGCCGCCGCCUCCGCUAACACCGCGGCCGCCGCCGCCGCAGCCACGCCCACCUGCCGCACCGAGAGCAAGGCGUGCGGCGCCGACGACCCGCCCGACCAGCUGCCAGGUUGCUGGAAGGAAAAGGACGACUAA